CUCCAUCUGUCGUCUUUGAGGCAUCACAGCCCCAGCAUGAGUCCAUCAGCAAAGAAGAGGCCCCAGAAUAGUGUGGUUUUCAAGAUGCAAGAUGAGAAACCACAUGACAAGAUACAGCAGCCUAUCAGCAAAUUAACUGAGCGGAACCGACUUAGAAUGGUGUUAAAAAACUUGUCACUCUUGAGGCUACUCAAGAAUUCAAACCCUCGGAUCCAAGAACUAUAUAGCCUGGCCAGAAGGUGUUGGAAUUCACUGCUCAACGUUCCGAAGGUCCUCCUGAUCUCCUCCAGGAACAACACCGUGUGCACUAAAAUGGGCCAGAAUAAUGGACUCCAAGAGGCUAAGUGCUCCAAGAAGAAACUGAAGUCCAAGAACUUAGGGAAGCCUAAGGAGUUGAAGUCCCAGCUGAGGGUGCCGGAGAAGAAAAAGGUCCAGGAGUCACGUGCAGCAGUACCAGAGGGAGAAGAACAGGUGGAGCCUGAGAUCCCAAAGACAUCGAGGGGUCAUGGCCUGAUCACUUGCCCUGGAGCCUGGGGGAGGCAACUACCCACUGGAGACCCUGGAGUCAUCUUCCUGAAGACCCACCAAGGGGACAUGGAGCAGCUGGAAGUAGCUGACCAGUGGAACUGGUUUGAGGGGCUGCCCAGGCGAAUCCACCUUCCAGGACCCCGGGUGAUGUGCAGACCAUCCACCAUGCGCUUAGUCAAGCGCUGCUGCACCCGCUUCUGCUCUGCAUCACUUGAACUGCCGAUGUGCCAUCCAUACAGGGUGUGAUGACGUCACUGCCAGGCCAGGGUAGUGUAGACCGCGGAUGGGAGCCAGAUUGUGAGCAGAGGAUGGAAAUCGUACAAUCAUCUGAAUGGGAGGGUUGGACGGGAAAAUUCGAGAGUAUACAAAUAAAAUUUCCCAUAUGGCACUGAAGACUA